AUGGCGUCUCUCCCCCCCUUAUCCGCCGCCGCCGCCUCUCUCCUGCGGCACCACGUCUGCUUCAGGCACCCCACCCCUUCCCGGAGCUGCUUCGCUAACAGUGAGAGUUAUGGAUGCUGCGGCGGAGUGCCUGAUGCCGGGCGUUACGCGAGGCUGCGGCUGCGGUGGAGGAGCCCGGUACGUGCCAAGGUUGGCGAGGUGGAGAAGGACAAGGGCGCCGAUUUGGGGCUCCGAACGGACCAGCCCAAGAGCCUGCGGCGGCGCCUGCGGCUCAGGCCGCGGCUGCGCGUGUUGCGGUGGCGUCUCCUGCGGCUGCUGUCGCCGCGGGAGCUCGCGGGCGACGCCGCGGCGGCGCUGCGGCGGGCCAUCCGUCGCGUGCCGCCUCCCGCGGUCGCGUCGGUUGUCCUGGGGGCUCUCCUGCUCGCCGCGCGGCUCACGCUGCCCAAAAACCCGGCCCAGGAGGUGGCCUACGCGGACCUCCUGGCGGGGCUGCGCGCGGGCGCCGUGACCGCCGUCGCCUUCGAGGAGGACUCGCGCCGCAUCUACUUCAGCAAGGCCGAGGACGCCGGCAGCGGCGACGACGAGCGCGAGACCGGCAGGGGCGCCGCCGUGCCGAAGUGGCCGUACUACGCGAGGAGGGUGCCGCACGACGAGGGGUUCCUGCUUGGGCUGAUGCGGGAGGGCGGGGUGGACUACCGGUCUGCUCCACGGCCGGCGGGGAGGCUGCUGGUGGACAUGCUGACCACGCUGCUCACGCUGUGGUUCUCACUGCUGCCGAUGAUGUGGUUCUUACAGAGGCAGAUGUCGUCUGGGGGCAGUGCGGACAAGCGCCGACGGCCCAGGAAGCAGCAGGUAGGAUUUGAUGAUGUCCAGGGCGUGGAUGAAGCGAAGGAGGAGCUUGUCGAGAUAGUGAGCUGCUUGCGUGGUUCACUGAACUACAAGAAGCUGGGAGCAAGAUUACCCAGGGGUGUUCUACUUGCUGGCCCUCCUGGAACCGGGAAAACUUUGCUGGCGAAGGCAGUUGCAGGAGAGGCUGGAAUUCCAUUCUUCUCUGUUUCUGCUAGCGAAUUUGUUGAAAUGUUUGUUGGAAGAGGAGCAGCCCGCGUGAGGGAAUUAUUCAAGGAAGCCAAAGAAGCUGCUCCGUCAAUCAUUUUUAUUGACGAACUUGAUGCUGUUGGUGGAAGCAGAGGUAGAAGUUUUAAUGAUGAGAGGGACCAAACCCUAAAUCAGCUGCUUACUGAAAUGGAUGGUUUUGACUCGGACGUGAAAGUUAUUGUCAUGGCUGCUACUAAUAGACCUAAGGCUCUGGAUUCUGCUCUUUGUCGGCCUGGUCGCUUCUCAAGAAAGGUUUUUGUUGGUGUGCCUGAUUUGGAAGGCCGCAGAAAGAUUUUGGCUGUUCAUCUCAGGAAAGUUCCUUUAGAAGAGGAAUCCGAAAUAAUUUGUGAUCUGGUAGCUAAUGUGACCCCAGGAUUGGUUGGUGCAGAUCUAGCAAACAUUGUUAAUGAGGCUGCUCUACUAGCUGCUCGAAGAGGUGGUGAUAUUGUGGCUCGGGAGGAUAUAAUGGAUGCCAUUGAGAGGGAAAAGUAUGGAGUCAAUGGUAGACAAAAGGGUCCUGAUUCUGCAAGAGAAGGCCUUACCAAGUUAUUUCCAUGGUUACCUAAACCUGGAAAUAAACCAUCAAAUCCAGAUGAUUUUCAAGGACUUAUGGGUUAUCAUACGUUAAGCUAA